ACCUCAGUUGACACUGGAAGACACUCACUGGAAAAAGAAAAUGGUCUACAAACAAAAAAAUGAAUGAAUUGAGUUCAAACUAAAGUCAGCAUUCUGGAUUAUACUGUAAAAUGUAAUCGGUGGGAAGGAAGGGGGGGGAAAAAACGACUCGUGAUAGGUUUGCUGUGACUUAAAUAAAUAUCCACGGCAUCAGAUAGUAAACACAUGUAAUACACAAGUCUUUCCCCUCCUCCUUGGCCUUUGUUGGUUCCUCCCGUUGACGUGUUUCCACAGAGCAGAUGGCUUUACACAUAAAUCCUAUUAACAACUUUCUGCUGAUGGAGACACAUUGAGUACAGGGCUUUCUCACUCGUUCAUUAUCUCCACUGAGAUGCCUGCUUUUUUUAUUUUCUAACCUCUGAAAAGGAGCAGUGGUGGAGUCAAAGGUCUAGCCAUGUCUGCAGAAAAGAAGCCAAAGAAGAAAAAAGAGGAGCACGGAGGCAGCACAGAAACCAAGCUGAACGGAACUGAAGCCAAACCCAAAAAAACAAAGAGCAAGAAAAAUGAUGACGCUUCAGAAGACGAGAGCCCCGCCAUCCAAAAUGGAAAGAAGGUGAAGAAAAAAAAAACAGAGAAAGACAAGGAAGACUCGGAGAAGGACAAAGAGAAAGAGAAAGCACCAAAGAAGAAAACCAAAAGCGCUCCAAAAAAGAAGAAAGGGUCGGGAACAGAUGGUGAUGAUGAUGAUGAUGAGGAUGACACCCCCAAGAAGAAAACUAAGAAAAAGACAACAAAGGACGGCUCUCCGUCUGCAACUUCCACCAAAGACAAGAAAUCCAAACCUAAAGAAGACAAAGAAUCUGAUGGGAAAGAAAAAAAGUCCAAGUCAAAGGACAAGGACAAGGACAAGGAAAAGAAGAAAGAGCCAGCAUCAAUGUUUCAAAUAAAUGGAGAAAAGGACUCAAAAAGCAAGAAGAAAGCUGCCAAAUCCGACAGUGACGACAGCGAAGAAGAGACAAAGACGACCAAAUCUAAGAAGAAAUCUACUGCUGCCCCUUCAUCGCUGUUCCAGACAUCAGGAGACAAGGACAAAGACAAAGAGAAGAAGACAAAGAAGAAAGGAAAAGCAGACGAGAGUGACAACUCUGAGUCUGAAAAAGACGAAAAAUCUAAGAAGAAAAAAGGCAAAGGGAAGAAGAAAAAGGCGAGAUCUCCAUCACCUGAGAUUGAGUUUGAAAACCUGGAGAAUUUUGUGAUGCAGCCAGCUCCACAGGGCGUGACCAUUAAAUGCAGAGUCACUCGAGACCAGAGGGGGAUGGACAAGAGCCUCUAUCCACUGUAUUACCUUCAUCUGGACAAUGAGAAAAAGACUUUCUUGUUGGCUGGGAGGAAAAGAAAGAGAAGUGCAACUUCAAAUUACCUCAUCUCCAUUGAUGCCACAGAUUUAUCAAGGGGUGGAGAGAAUUUUGUGGGAAAGCUGAGGUCAAAUUUGAUGGGGACUAAGUUCACCGUGUUUGACAACGCUCUGCAUCCAGAGAGAGCUCUUCCAGACAUGUCGAACGCACGGCAGGAGCUCGCAGGCAUCAUCUAUGAAACAAAUGUAUUGGGAAUAAAAGGACCCAGAAGGAUGACUAUCGUCAUUCCAGGAAUGGACAAGGAUAACAAUCGAGUACCACUCCGACCAAGAAAUGAAUGUGACGGCUUGCUGUUGAGACACCAGAGCAGAAGGACGGAAAAUCUGAUCGAGCUCCGCAACAAGACUCCAGUGUGGAAUGAAGAAUCGGGGUCUCACGUGCUCAACUUCAACGGCCGGGUCACCCAGGCGUCCAUCAAGAACUUCCAGAUCGUCCAUAACAAAGACUUGGACUACAUUGUGAUGCAGUUUGGACGGAUAGCAGACGACAUUUUCACCCUGGACUUCAACUAUCCAAUGUGUGCUGUGCAGGCCUUUGCCAUCGCGCUCUCCAGCUUUGAUGGCAAAAUUGCCUGUGAAUAAUAAGGAAUCCCAAAAGCCCCGAAACACUGAAAUCAGUGUGUACAACACCAGCACUGACAACCCAAGUCUUUGGAUGUUGCCUUCAAUGUUCCUUGUUAAAACAUUGCUUCCUUGGAUGUGGCAAUACCUGCUGCUGUGCUGACGUCAUCUUGUCCGUUGGAUUCCCCACAGGAAUAAGACAUAAAGUUGUUGUCCUAUUAUCGUCUGAUCUUGCAUGACACUGAUGCGUCCUGGUUUCACUCCCAUUACCUCAGCUGGAAAGUCCCCAGUGACUGCAAGGUUAUGUCUUUUUUGGAUGGGAUGGCAGUACACUUCAAUGAUGGAGGUGUCAGGAAAACCUCAUGAACAGGUGUCAAACUGCUUUUUUUUUUUGAUGCUCUGCUGUGUUAUGCAUCAGGCUGUGUCAAUCAUAAAAAUAUCUAAUGUCUUUAGAUAAAGACAGAUUUUUUUAUUUGAAGGGUUUGAGAGACAUUUACGAGCUGCACGAGUGACACUGUUACACUGACGAGAUUAAAAGAUUGUUUCUAUUUGAAUCUUAUUAAAUAAAGCAGUGGACUUGUCUUGUAGUUACAAACAAGCAUUGUUAAAGUAACAUAUGUAGACGUUUAUUACUCUGGAAUAGUGGUCUUUGUUGUUCCUCCACUAACAUUUAGUCAUGACUGACUUGUAGUUUUUAUAAAUGUAUAAUUAUUCCGUCCGUUUGUGAUUGAUCUCAGGUAGAUUUUCAUAUUUUUACUUUUGUUUUUCUGAACACUGCCUUUGUUGUAUUUCAUGUGAUGUUAUUGUUAUUUAGUGAAGCAUGUCAAAGAGAAGUCUUCAUCCCUGUCUGGUCGGUUGGAACUGAACUGAUUUGAAGGCCAGUUUGAAAAUUGGCCAUAUUUCAUAAUAAAGAAAUAAUUACUUCUGA